CGAGCUGAAUACGUGUACCUCGCGUUAUUAUGUCCGCGCGAAGUCCACGGGCCCGUCGUCUCGCGCCCAGGUGGUGACACGUGAGCGGCGUGUCCCCUGGUGUCCCCGUUUUCGCACAGGCCGUCCCGGAGCGACGAUGGGACGCUGAUGUCGCGCGCGCGAUCCAUCCGGUGGACAGUGCUGAUCCCGGACUGGCAGAGGGCCAGAGGGUCUACCCCGUUCGGGCUCGUCGUUCCUCGCUGCGGCGAGGCCCGUGUCCGUGGUGAUACCAGCUGAUACGCGCAAGUUUGCUAGACGGCGAGAUCUGCCGCGUCAUGCCCUCCCGAAGAAAUAAAGGCGGCCUCCUGGCCAGGGUGAAUUUUCCCCUGUACACCCUGCAGAUGCUCACCAGCAGGCACAUCCUGGUGGGAGGCGGUGGCGGCUCCUCCAACACUGGCGUUGCCAAUGGAUUUGAAAUUUUUGAACUGUCACACAACGGAGCGCAUUUUGUCGCUGAAGAAGUGACCAGGCACGAGACGGGUCCCAGCGUGGUCAUGAACUGCGCCUCGCAUAACAAUGGCAAGAAGACGUGGAUAGUCGCCGGCCAAGAGAGUCACUGUCAACUGUACAACGUGAAUCCCAAGGUGGUGACUCUGGAGAACGGGGAUUUGAUCAAGGGACCGACAACGGCGACCAGCAGAGAUGGCCUUAGGCACAGGAGGAACAGCGAGAAGGUCGAGGAAGUACAGUUGCCGAAGGAGAGGAUAGAGGAGGUCAAAGAUGACAAUUCUAAUGUCAAGAACAAAAAGCUUCAAUUAGUUCUCAAGCCAACCGACAGCGUGCAGACGGCUUUUGGGAACGGUGAGCCUUUGCAGAGAGUCGUCAGGGUGAGCUUGCAAGGGACGAUCAUGGCCACGGGCGGCACGGACGGUAGAGUUAGAUUGUGGAAAUUCCCACAGUUGCACAAAGUGCACGAUCUCGACGCGCACGGGAGGGAGAUAGACGAUUUGGAUUUUAGUCCGGAUGGUGGUCUGCUGGUGAGCAUCGCCAAGGAUGGAAAGGCCUUCUUGUGGAACGUGAACGACGGCGCGCGGAACAAGGAGCUCACUUGGACACCACCGGACGGUGCCAGGUACAUGUACAAAAGAUGCCGAUUUCGAAAAUUGGCGGAGGACAAGACGAGGAUCGAUCUGUUCGUGCUUUCCAACGCCAUCGCGGGGAAGAAUCCUAGCUUCCUCCAGCUAUGGGACGCCCAUACCGAGGCCAUCGUCAAAUCCGCCUCCUACAAGGAAACGCUCUCGGCGUUGGCCGUCUCCGACGAUGGUAAAUUCGUGGCUGUUGGCACGAUGUUUUCGGGCAGCGUCGAUAUAUUCGUGGCAUUCAGCUUGAGAAAGGCGCUUCAUGUACCUGGGGCGCACAGCAUGUUUGUCACCGGUCUGGAAUUCCUGCCGACGAAACUGGACGGCCCGGCGAUCACCAGUAACACGGAGACCGCGGUCGUCAGUAUCUCCGUGGACAACAGGAUCUGUAUACACAGUAUACCAUUCAGACAUACACUGCCAUUCUGGUUUGUCAUCAUUCUGAUAGUCAUAUGCAUAUGCUGCGUGUUUAUUCUCUGCAGCUAUCUCGGUAUAUGACCCACGAAAUGCACGACCGAGCCGAUGAAGCAAGACAUUGUCCUCUCCUAAUUGUUAGGCCGAUAAUUUAUACUAAAUCUAAAUAAGAAUCUAAAUAAAUAAAUAAUUAGUGAGAGACUAAAAGUAAAUUGAAACGUAAACGGUGCAUGCUCAAGAAUCUUACAUACACAGACGAGUCGUAGGAUUAUCCGCGUAAAAACAAAUGUUGACGGCAUCUCUCGUCACACACGAUAUAAUUAGCGUGCGAAACAAAGUACAGCGUAAACUGUGAAUAUGCACAGGAUUAGGAUAAGAGUAUUCUCGGUUCGUUUUAGCGAUUAAAAUCGUUACGAUCUUAAUAGUUGAAUUCAUCGGAUAAAAUAUACAGAUUUUCAGGAAGCGUUUGCGCGAUUUAGAUAUAGACGUGACGUCAGUCGGGGUGCUACUGUGAUAAAUAAACUACGUUGGACUGCUUCUAACAGGUCGGAGCCGCACCAAUAGCACAUUGAUGUACAUAUAGAUAUUAUGUUUUAUCAAUAUUUAGGGCGGAUGGAAGAAUUCGGCUAUCGCGCGCUAUACGUUGCGAUUGUCUCUCUUCCGCACGAGUACGCUUAAAUGGUUUCGUUUGUGGCAGGUAAUUUUUCGAGAUGUGUGUUUCUCGUAUUUACAGCGAACGACCAGACUGUUCGUCUCUUUCGUACUACAGACAAAAAUCCGCAACUCAUCGCAUUUAUGUGCUGUAUUACGUACACUGAUACCUACUAGUAUAUUUUUCCCUAAUUGUAUGCCUCUGUGUACUUUCUUUAUAAAACAUGUAACACACGAAUGAUGAGGAUGCAUAACGAUCGACGCUAAUUUGCAAUGAUCAUUGUUACGUUUUGCGAACUGAGCUUAGGUGCUGUUAUUUAUUUAGACACUUUCUGAAGUCUCUUAAUUUAUUUUUACAGCGCGUAUAUUUGUAACUAAGUGUUACGUCCGGUUAAUAGCGAAAAUGUCUUUGAAUAAAAGUAUACAUGUACAUGGAACUUUCUCGGCUCGCAGAAGAUUGUGCAAUGAAUUUGUAAGUGUCUCGACCACCUCAUUAAUAAUAAACAAUUACAUAUGUUUCAUCAUGAAUCUGAGGCA